CGCGCGAACGCACGGUUGAUCUGAUUCGUACAAUCCCUUCUUUUAAGCGUUUGAUGACAUUUCCUCUUGUCGGAAUCUACUCUCUAUACCUUUGAAAUGGCGGAUUCUAGUGCUGCUGAACCAACCGGUCCUACUCCGAGCACCGUGGGCUCUGAUGAGAACGCUACCCAGAUUCAGCCGAUCCGGAUGCCAACCAUCGAGGAGAUCCGAGCUCAAGAGGUUUGGAACAACUGCGCCGUUCGCGCUGUAACUAGUGGAGUCAUGGGAGGAGGUCUCGGGUUGAUGAUGGGUUUGUUCUUGGGGGCAUUGGAUAAUCCUAUAACGAAUGAUACGAUGACGGCAAGGCAGCAGUUUGUGUUUACAGCAAAACAAAUGGGGCAAAGGAGUUGGAAUUCCUGUAAGACAUUUGCGGUUAUGGGUUUGGUUUUCUCAGCAGCUGAAUGCAUCGUUGAGAAGGCGAGGGCAAAGCAUGACACGACAAACACCGCUAUAGCUGGAUGUGUGACUGGUGGUUCGAUGUCCGCUAGAGGUGGGCCAAAAGCUGCGUGUAUAGGUUGCGCUGGUUUUGCAACCUUCUCUGUACUCAUAGAGAAGUUCUUUGAUAGGCAUACAUAACUCUGUGAGACAUCUAACAUACGCCAUUGCUGAGAUUUUUUUGCUGCUUAGUGAUACAGUUCAUCACUUGAGCACUGGGAAAGAGAAACUAGACUUACACUUUUAAACAUAGAAUAAGCGAGGCUUGUGUUUAUUGAAUAUUCUUCAACUAUUGUUGUUAUUUAUCAUAGAUUUCAUUAGACUUGAGGGCUCUCCAGUAUUUAAGUAAGUGUUCACAGAAUUUGAGGGGCUUCUAUAUGCACAAAGUUACAAUCUCUAGAGUUUGAAGUUACGUCCUUUUUAA